AUGACUGAAGGAAGCGCUCUGACAAGGGGUCCACAAUAUUCAAUAAGUAAGGCACCUGAGUUCAGCAGGCAGCCGUACAUUGAGGUCCGUAAUGUGACGUACCAUGGUGUCGGGCCAAGAGAGGAGGCGCGUGCCAUGUGCUCUGUCAAAACUCACGAGAUCAACGCUACUGCCAACGCCACUAUCACUAGGAGGCUGCAUGGAGUUGUUACGUCAAGGGAGCUCCACACCUCAAUCCAGCGCUUAGAAGUGAUCAUAUUUGGUCAGAUGCAGCAACUGUGGCAGAGUUUGGACGCGUUGCGGGCACAACUGGCGGGUAGUUCCUACACGUCCUAUCCAGAUCGACGCACUGUGACUUUCAGAUAUAAACCUAACGGAAUA